AUGGGUCAACCGUCGGCCCCGGCAUCUAAUGCCAUCAUUUACCUCACUUAUGGAUUAUUCCUUGUGAUGGGUCUAGCCUUCGCGUGGAAGUUCAGGAACCAAUCCAAAGAGCAGUUUUUGUCGUCGAAUAGGACGCAGCGAGCUAUACCGCUCGCGUUAAACUUUAUCGCAAGCGGUCUCGGUUCUGGUAUUCUAUUCACAUAUCCCGAUAUUGGCGCCUUCGCUGGUAUUCAGGGUCUCCUCGUCUACGCCCUCGCCUCAGCGACACCAAUCAUUCUAUUCGCCCUUUUGACCCCCAUUAUCCGUCGUCGAACACCAAACGGGUUUUUACUCACAGAAUGGACGCGCGAUCGUUUCGGCGCUCCGGCUGCGCUAUACCUAUCCCUCCUCACCAUGAUAACUAUGUUUUUGUAUAUGGUUGCCGAACUCUCUGCCGUCAACUCCGUUAUCAAUCUUUUGACUGGAUUGAACGGCCUCCCUGCAUUGAUCGUUGAAGUGGUAGUUACUACUAUCUAUACUUCGCUUGGCGGGUUUCGAGUUUCGUUUGUUACAGAUAAUAUCCAAGGUGCAUUGGUGCUUUGUUUGAUUAUCAUCUGCACCAUUUCAAUUGGUACAAAAUCCCAUAUCGAUACUUCACUUAUCGAGCCAUCGGGCCUUACACGUGCGACUUUAUUGGGUUGGAAGUUACUUUAUAUCCUCCCUGUUGCCAUUUCUACGAACUUCAUGUUCUUGUCACCAUUCUGGAUGCGAUCUUUCGCUUCUCGAACUGAUAAGGAUUUGUAUAUCGGCUCAGCGAUCGCUGGUGUAUGGAUAUUUGUCAUUCUCACUGUCACUGGUUUCACAGGUAUCAUAGCCGUGUGGGCUCAUGGUGUUGAUAAGUGGGGCCCAGUAUCCGAAUGGUCUUCUGUCGCAUUCUUUUAUUUGAUCGCAGAACUUCCAGCUUGGGUUGUUGGAUUGGUCUUAUUGAUGGUGGUGGCAUUGAGCACCGCUAUCUUUGAUAGUUUACAAUCGGCACUUAUCUCCACAGCGUCGAAUGAUUUAUUCAGGAAUAAACUUCCUUUGACAUACAUCCGUGUUGGAGUGGCAAUACUUACUAUUCCUGUCAUAGUGGUGGCUAUCAAAGCUGACGCUAGUGUGUUACAAAUCUUUUUGAUUUCGGAUAUUGUCAGUGCUGCUGCCAUUCCCGCUUUAUUACUGGGAUUGGUGGAUUCUUUGUACUUCUUGAGUGGGUUGGAUGUUAUUAUUGCGGGGUGUGGAGGAAUCUUGUCGGUUUUCAUAUUCGGAACGAUUUAUUAUGGAAGCGCGAAGGCUGGUGGCGAGUUGAUUGCCAUGAAGACUUUGUAUGUUGACGAUUGGGGUGUCUUUGGUGCUUAUGUCGCCGCACCGGUUGGAGGAUUGUUGUUCUUGUUUGGAAGUUGUGCGAUCAGGUUGGCAGGAUUGUGGGUCUUUGCGAAGGUUAAGGGUAGGAGGUUUGAUGGAUUGGAUAAGCCGGUUAAGAAGGUUCAGGUUGAGCGCGAGGUGGAAGGGGAAGGGGAAGGGGAUAAUGGAGUCUCCAGGAUUUAUGAUGGAAGUGAUGGAGGCAAGGAUGUGAGGGCAUAA